AUGCCUGUUCCCUGUUGGAUGAACAGCUUCGCCACCGUGGUCGUGCUGGUGUCGACCUGGGUCCAAGCCGCUGGGGGGGAGAGGUCGCCGACCCAAUGUCUGGCGAGGGACUUGAGGGAUGGCGAGGCCAUGUAUAUUCGGUGGCCCGUCUGUGUUGAGACCCGGUGGGAGCGGACAUCUACAGCUUCCGAGGAGUUGUCCAAGGACAAGACCGCCACUGUAACGGUGCCGGUGCCGACCCCAGAGGAUGGGCAGGGCCAGGAACUGGAACUGGACACUGAAUCCCCGCUCGACAACGCCAAGUUCUUGUCUUUCGAAGACUGGAAAAAACAGAACCUUGCCAAGGCCGGGCAGUCGGCGGAAAAUGUGGGAGGUGGUAGACCGGCUAGAGCAGUGGGGAAGGAAGAUCGACGUAGGCCGACUGGCAUCAACAACGCAUUGGAUUCACUGGGAGACGACACCGAGAUCGAGCUUGACUUUGGUGGCUUCGGGGCUAAUACGCCUGAGGCGGCGACACCGGCGUCAUGGGAGUCUCCAACGCGGGAGAUGGAUGAAGGGGAUGCACAGGAGAAUACGGGUCAUUUGCAGACCGAUUCCCAUGCGGACGGCGUGCCUCGGGCGGGAGUCUCGCGGCGAAAGGAUGCCGGAAUCACCUGCAAGGAACGGUUUAAUUAUGCGUCCUUCGAUUGUGCGGCUACGGUGCUCAAGACGAAUUCCGAAUGUAAGGGCUCAUCCUCGGUCCUGAUUGAGAACAAGGAUAGCUACAUGCUCAACGAGUGCCGGGCCAAAAACAAGUUCUUGAUCCUGGAGCUGUGCGAUGACAUCCUGGUUGACACGGUGGUCCUGGCCAACUAUGAGUUCUUCAGCUCAAUCUUCCACACAUUCCGGGUGAGCGUCUCGGAUCGGUAUCCUGCCAAGCCCGACCAAUGGAGGGAGUUGGGGGUCUACGAGGCUCGAAACACGCGCGAGGUUCAGGCCUUCCCGGUGGAGAACCCGCUUAUCUGGGCUCGCUAUCUCAGGAUUGAGUUCCUCACCCACUACGGUCACGAAUUCUACUGUCCUCUUAGUUUGAUCCGGGUGCACGGUACGACAAUGAUGGAGGAAUACAAGCACGAUGGCGACGCCAGUCGAGCGGAAGAUGAAGUGACCGGUGAAACUCUGGAACCGGGUCCCCUUGGGGCAGAUGACCUGAAGCCACAGGAAAGCUCUGGUUCCCUUGUUGCGGAGGGAGCCGUAGGUGACUCGACUCUGGCGUUGGAAUGGGGAAGCCCGGGCCAGACUACCUGUCUGAACUCCCCAACCGAGGUCGAGAGCUGGUUACUGCAGGCGGUUUGCACCACCACCGAUAAGUGCAGUUUACGAAGCCCCUCAACCGAGGCAACUGGUUCGCACGCAGAUGUCCCUGCAGCCCCCAGCCGCUCGCAGGCGAGUGAGACGUCGACUUCUGGAACAGAUGUCUCUACGCCCGUUGUCCCUGUGCGUAAUGCCAUCUUCACGGAGACAGCGGUUGAGUCCAAGACGAUUGGGCCGGUUGAGGCGAACGGCGUACCUUCCCCUGCGUCCUCGCAACCGCUGCCGACUCCUGACCCUGUCACCCAGAAUGCUACCGAAUCCGUCCCACGGUCGGCGGGCACAGUGAUCAAGGAGGAGCAGAGAGGGGGGUCCGACGGAAUGCGUUCAACGGCGACGCAACCUCCAUCGCCGAACCCGACAACGCAGGAGUCCUUCUUCAAGUCUGUGCACAAACGGCUGCAGAUGCUGGAGUCGAACUCCACCCUGUCCCUGCAGUACAUUGAAGAGCAGUCGCGGAUUUUGCGGGAUGCCUUCAACAAGGUGGAGAAACGGCAGCUGGGAAAGACGUCGACGUUCCUGGAGAAUCUGAACGUGACGGUGCUGAACGAGCUCCAGCAGUUGCGCGAGCAGUACGAUCAGGUCUGGAAGAGCGUGGCGUUGGAAUUUGAGCAUCAACGCAUCCAGUACCACCAAGAGAUCAGCUCGAUCAGCGCGCAGCUGGGCGUGGUGGCGGAGGAGCUGGUGUUCCAGAAGCGCGUGUUGGUGAUCCAAAGCAUUAUGGUCCUCUUUUGCUUCGCACUCGUACUGUUCUCGCGCGGCACUGUCAGCAACUACAUGGAGUUCCCUAGCGUUCAGAGCAUGGUGUCGCGAUCCUAUAGCCUGCGAUCCUCAUCGCCUAUCUUCGGCACGCCGUCGGGGAGUCCUAGCUCGACGCGACCGACCUCGUCAUAUCGUGGGCCAGGGGGCCAUCAACGCCAUCCAUCGGACGACUCGCAGGACGGUCUGCACAGUCCGACCACGGCGUACGCGCCGCCUACGCCUCCCUCGGAGUCGUCCAGCUCCGAGGCAGAGGAGACGCUAGGGAAGAGUGUGGAGGUGGCCCCGCUGAUGCGAGCACACAGCAGCCCGCCCAUGUUGCCGGGCGACGACGAGGGGGACGACGAGGGGGACGACGAGGGCGUCGAAGCGUGUGACUCAGGGACGGGAUGA